AUGUCUCAAUUCGUAUGCAUAAAGCCAACUACUAGUGCAACCGAACUUUUAUCGAUAAGGCUUCCGCAUCCAGUAACAGGUUUACCUGCGCGUUACUUUAUCCAAGAUGGAAAACUUUAUGAGGUGCAAAAAUGUGAGAGUCGGGAAGAGAGAUCUUGGUUUAUCAAUGACACUGUCCAAAAAGAUGGAUGUAUUUACAUAAUAACAAAAAUAGAUCCAUUAUUUGUUCUCUUACCAAUCUUGGUUGAUCGCCGGAAAAAGACAUCCAAUUCGCAAGGAUUUUUUCUAUUGAUUGAAGAGAUCUUAGACAGCAAUGAAUAUCCGAGUUUGAUUAAAUUACUGAGUAUUGUGAAUAUCGUGGAGUACUGUGAAUGGAUUUGCGAUACAAAAGAAUAUGACUCAAGUAAAAAAGUUUUCCGUCUGAAUGAUGAAAAAGUCUCUCAUCUAGUUCAAAGAUUCGAUGAAUUUGAGUCGUUACGAAACUUGAUAAACCGAUUUGACAACGAUUCAAGAUGUUCAGAAAUUCGACAAGCUCUACGGACUAAGGCGGUCCUCGAACUGUUGUCUGAAUAUCUUUCAUCUUAUUGGGCAGAAAAAUUAACAGGAUUUUAUAAUUUCGAGAAAUUGGAUGAACUAGAAAAAACCGCCAGCAUAUCUAUAGAUAAUCCAGAUGACUUUUAUGCAAAGCAAUCAUUGGAAAAAGAGUUUGGUUUUGGAAAGCAACAACCAGAAGCCAAGAAAAAAAAAUUAUCUCGUGCACAAGUUACUCUUUCAAAAGCAAAUACGAAAG